GGAAGAGCAGGAGCAGCACUGUCCACGGCGAGGUGGAAAAUCAAAGCUGGAGGAGACGAGGAGAAGCGCGAAGAAGACGAAGAGGAGACGAAGACGUCUGCACAAAGACUGAAGAGGAGAGAAGGAAAAAGUUUGGAGCUGCCAAACAAAGGAAGAGAAAGGGGGCUGAAGCAGAGAGGGCCCCAACAUUUAGAGAGAGAACACGAUGUCGACGCUGCCCUCAGAAAACAGCCCCGAGGAUGCCAACAAUCGCAGCUUCUGGAUGCCUGGGAACUAUCAGCGCACUGUGAAGCGAACAGAGGACGCCUUCCAGGCCUGUAAUGACAUCGUGGCAUGUUUCCAAGAGAGAGCUCGCGUGGAGAGGCAGUACGCCCAGCAGCUCAGUGAAUGGAGCAACAAGUGGAAGCCCGUCGUGGACUCCAGUCCUCUAUAUGGAUCUCUUCUGAAGGCUUGGCAGUGUUUUCUGUCCUCCGCUGACCGACUGGCCUCCUUACAUGCCUCCAUCUGUCGCUCCCUGGUAUCGGAGGAUGGAGACCGGGUCAGGACCUGGCAGAAAGACACCUUCCACAAGAAAUUAUUUGGAGGCUUUAAGGAGUCCCAGGACACUGAGACGGGCUUUAUACGUGCUCAAAAGCCGUGGGCCAAACGACUUAAAAAGCUGGAUAAAGCCAGGAAUGCGUACCACAAAGUGAGCCGUAAGGAGCAGGCAGCCAGGGAGCGGGAGGCACACGCUCAGGGAAACCCGGACGUCGCCAUCGACAAACAGAAGAAGAUCCAGGAGGAGAGAGAGCUGGCUCAGCAGGAGGCCGAGAAGGUUCGUGCUCGCUAUGAGAAAGUCCUGGAGGAGGUGAACCGCUACGCUCCACGCUACAUGGAGGAGAUGGAGUCCAUCUUUGACCAAUCGCAGGACGAGGAGCGCAAGAGGAUUGUCUUCCUCAAACAGGCCUUCCUCUCCAUCCACAAACACCUGGACAUCACCAACAACGAGAGUGUGAGAGCUGUGUAUGAUGAGCUCCACAACACACUGAUGGCCAUCGAUGAGCACGAGGACCUGCGCUGGUGGAAAAACACCCACGGGCCCGGCAUGCCCACCGACUGGCCUCACUUCCAGGAAUGGACGCCCGAGAAGAAAGCCAAAAAAGGGAAGAAAGAAGUAGAAAAGAAAGGAACAAUAGAGAGGAGCGUGAUGAUUGGAGGAGUGAGAGUAAGAGCUCUGUAUGAUUAUGUUGGCCAGGAGACAGAUGAGCUGUCAUUAAAAGCAGGUGAGGAGUUUGUGAAGAUCGAGGAUGAGGAUGAUCAGGGAUGGUGCCGGGGGAUGAAGGACGACGGGUGGGAGGGGCUUUACCCGGCCAACUACGUCGAGGUGGUUUAGUUCAUGUAUCCAGGCUGGAAAUGAAUCGUUUCAUUUGUGAAGUCACGAAAACCAGUGCUGUAAAGAGCAACACCAGGUAGCCAAAGAUCUGGUUUGUGAUGGUGCAGUGCGAUCGUGCUUAGGUGGAUAUUUUAGCACACAGAGAUUUUAAAAAAACUACGCAGGUUGUGUAAUCUCUUGAAGGAUUUCGACAAAUGUUUUAAUAUAUACAGUAUGCAUAGACCACUUGUAUUGAAGCCAUAUGAUAAACAAUGCUUUAAUGUAAAAAAAAAAAAAAAGGUACAAAAUGCUGCAGUAUGUUAUAUAACGAACUUUUUGGUGCUGAAAUUGCAUUACAGGACUGCUAUUGUCUCAACACAUUGCUAUUAAAAUGCUCACAAAGCUUCGUGAAGAAAGUGAUGCUAAUACUGUGAUUAGGAUUAAUCUGUGGCAGCCAUACAGCGGAGUGAGCUGGAUAGAUGUGCUGCAUGUGAAACGCAGUGAGACGCGAAGGUUGACAUCAGUUUCAUCUCUAUGUGUGAAGUACAGAAAGGAACUGCUGGACUGGCAGCAGCAACACACAUUCCUGGAACUCCAGUGAUAUCUUAUUUUCUAUCUUGUUUAUCUAUUUGAAGUAGCUGGAUUUGACAUGCCUGCAGAGAAAUAUCCCCAGACUCUGCAGUUUCCCUCAACUUACGGGACUUUAUAAGAUAUUUCAGCUCAUUGUUUUGAUUUUCUGGCCCACAACCUUUUGGUUCAGUCUCACCGCUCCCAUCAGUGUCGUUUUCAGCCGCAACAGGCAGCAGUUUUCAGCUGAAAAGCUCUAAAUAAAAGCCUCUGGACUCUACCUGCUCUGCAGCAAGCGACAGAAGAACACAGUUAGCAGCUAGUUGGUGAACACAGAGCAGCGUUUAGCUGCUAAAUCGCCAGGUAUUUCCCUCAGGAGUUGCUGGAGAAGACAAACAGAGCUAGAAGAGUGUGAAUAUUGGACUUACAUUAAUUAGCUGGCCGAUAACGUGACACCAAAUGAAUGCUAGUGUUGCUCUGUACCUGCUGGAUGUGUAACUGGGGAACUGUUUGCCAUCAAGUUCAACAUGUCAGCUAGAAAGGUGAGAGUACGUCAGUGUUGUGUUCACAGUUUGCCAAAACAAUCAGUUAUCGUAGGUUUUAUAAACAGAAAUUCAAACACAAGGCUUUGUCCUUAAAGAAAUGCUUUAUUUAACAGGAUUAUUUCUUCAUGAUUUAACUGACCUGGUGACUGCAUGCAACAUCUUAGACGUGACUAUUAUACAGAUGUUUUGAUGACUAGAUGUCUCGCUAACAAGAUAUAAUCUGCCAGCAGAACAUACUGAUUGGCUGGCAGGUGCCUGGUAUCAUCUUAUAUUGGCAAAUCAACAAAAUACUUAAUGUCAACAGGUAACAGUCUGCAGGCAAAUGUGAUAAUAAUGUUUUUUCUUCAUGUUGCAUCACCAACAUUAAAAAUGCAUGAAAAUCUACACAUAAUGUUUUUGUCAUUUGGUUUGAGGCCGUGGUGUAAACACAAUAAUGCACUCUGACUUGGAGAAUACUGGCCUUCGUUGCCUCCUCUUCAUUCAUUAUUUUCUUGUAGCUGGACACCUUGUUGUGUGUUAUCACUGACAUUAUGUGUAAAUGUGGGCAGUUGAGGUUGAGGAGGAAAACACAUUUGUCCAUUCAUUGCAGAGCUGGUGGUUUAUUUUGUCAGCCAGUGUAGAAAAGUGCAGUCCAUCUAUCUUUUUUUUUUUUUUUUUUAAUUUUGAUGGAGCGAGUUUGGAGUUUCUCCUUGUUUCCAGUCUCUGCUCUGAGCUGGGAUCCAUUAUGUACAAACUUCGUAAUGCCAAAAUGAUCUUCAUUUUAGGACUAAGCUCAUCAAAGCAUCCAGAUGCUUUUGACAAACAGGCCCCGGGUCUAAAUGUGUGCCAGAUGCAAAGCUAUUUCUGCACACAACGUUCAGAGAUGAAACUGAUUCUGCUCUCCAUCAGAUUCACAGUUUGACACCAAACGUUGAAAUUUCUCAGCAAGUCCCUGUUCCUUUAAGAUAAGUACUGGGGAGCAGAUAGUUUUCCCGUCUGCCUGUAAUAUCUAAUCAUCUGUUGCUAUACUGUACCAAAGUAAGGAAACAGCCUCCAGAAGCUGCUGGGUUUGCCUCGUCGUUGGCCUUCGACAGUCUCUGUGUGGGUGCUGUGUGUCUUUAUUUGUCAUGUAAAACUAUGCAAUCCUUUUUUUCUUUUGCAAGCUGCCUGUCUUUUGGAAAUAAAAUUAAACU